AUCGUUGUAACAACGUUACUAGCCUGCCACAUUAUUCUUAUUAUUCUUAUCAUGAACAAAACAAGUCGCAUUGUUGCAAUCGAGGGUAACACUGGUUGUGGAAAAUCGCAGGUCCUUCAAUGGCUUUCGACGUUUCCUAGCGUGCUAAUUUGCGAGGAACCGAUAGAAGAUUGGAGAAAUUUUUCGGGACAAAAUCUGCUCGACCUUCGUUAUUCCGAUCCUAAGCGAUGGAGCUUUGCGUUUCAGAGUGUCGUUCAACUGAGCCGUAUAAAAAUGUAUAGCGGAAGGGUGCACAACCCAAGAGCCACCAGGUUCAUAGAAAGAUCGUUGCACAGCAACAGGUAUUGCUUUUUGGAAAUGGCGAAAGAAAUGAAACAUCUUGAAGAAAUCGAAUUUGCCAUUUUGGCAAAAUGGUUCCAAUACUUGGAGUGUGAGCCCUGUACACGACUGGAUUUAAUCGUUUAUCUCCGAACAUCUCCUGAUGUGGCGUUUAAUAGGAUUAAAACUAGAAAUCGCGUUGAAGAGACUGGCGUGAAUUUUGAUCAAAUUAGAAACAUUCAUAAUAAGUAUGAAACUUGGAUUACAAGUGGUGCGUCUGGCUUCAAAUGUGUCGUUAUCGAUGCGAAUAACGACGUGAACACUGUUCAGCAGCUGAUAAUGUCUCACUUAAUGCAACAUAAUAUUUUGAGUGAGUAA